GAUGUGUUACCCAUAACACUGUUUCGUGUUCGGUGCGCACCCACAAAAAGACUUAAGUUGUCACCUUUUGAGCUCCUGUAUGGGAGGCCGCCCUCCUUUGUUCAGGAUAUUCCAGCUGACCUCAAACAAAUAGGAGACCAUGUGACACAGGGACAAGUGCAAUCUCUCUCCCGUGUUUUUUGUUUCUCUUAACAGGUGGGCCCUCGAGCGCACGCCGUGCCGCAUUGCCGAGCCGAUUCAUCAGUUCCAGGCUGGCGAUAGCGUAUGGGUGAAAGAGUGGAAACGUGAUCCACUUGCACCUAAGUGGCGUGGACCUUACACCGUCUUGCUCUCUACUCCAACAGCGGUGAAGGUAGCUGAGGUGACCCCCUGGAUUCAUCACUCCCGUUUGAAGAAGUCCGAAGGCAGUUGGACGUGCAAAGGUGACCCCUCUAAUCCUUUUAAACUGACUCUCUCCAAAAACCCCUGUAUCAAGCCCUACGGGGAACGGGCUAGGUCACAGGCAACAUUAGACGACCGGCCUGCUGCAGCCACAACCUGGAAGCUGGCUGACCUGCGCACGCCUGAAGCUUGAGGAGCAUCUGAACCAGCGAUUGUGAACGGGAAGAUUCUCUUAUACAAUUGAUUGACUGCCCCCCCCCCCCGUGGAACAAUUAUCAGGGAUAUUACUCAUUGGGGAUCCUCGGGAUAUAUGUUUUGGUCUUGGUGGUUCCCCAUUUCUGUCACUGGGGGAAUUAUAUUGGGGCUAAUAUUUUUUUGUUAUCACAAUAAGGUAAUCUUUUGUGGAAGGAAUGCAUAUACUAGACAUCAACAUGAUUUUAUUAUUAACCCUGUUCCCUUGGGAAGGGGAAGGGUCCUUGAAUCUGACCAAAUUUGCUAAAUAUGGAUUCCGCCAUGACCACAAUAUGUGGGUAGGCUUAGCUGAGAUGGUAGCCAAUGUUACAAAUAGGACCAAUUGCCUUGUUUGCUCUCUCGGACCAGAUGAUUCAGAGGGAGGUAUGCCCUUAUUACCGAUACCAUUAAAUGCCAUUGGUAUGGUAAGCGAAAUGCCACACCAAACAGAAGUACAGAAUUUCCCCGGAUGGAACUCAACUAAACCAAUACGAGUUAUACCUGUACAAGGGGAAUUCUGUGUACAUAAAUCAUCAGAGGCAGCUGAUUCUACCAUGGUAGGCUCUUCUCAUUGCCACUAUACUUGGGAUUAUAUUAAGAAUAGUCAAACCUGGGCAAAUGGUACUACCUAUCGAACUCGGAAUACCUUGCCCUGUGCACCUCCUUUUAUUCAUGCAUGGAAAAUGGUGUGGAACAUAACUGUGACAGCAAAAGGCAAUCUAACAUACUGCACUGUGAACUCUGUACCCCUUUUGAUAUUUCGCCUUAUGCACUCCACAUACCAAAAACCUCAGACCCGAUGGUUGUGGUGGAUAUGUGGAGAAUGGGCAUACAAGCAACUCCCUUCCAAAUGGAGUGGGACUUGUUUCCUGGGAUGGGUAUUACCACCAAUGUGGAUUAUGCCCACUAGUUCGGCCAAACGUACAAGAAGAAAUGCUGAUAUUUCUCAUAUAGCAGGAGGAAGUACCCAAAGUUGGAGCGAUACUGAUGAUUGGCCACCAGAGCGCAUUAUAGCCUAUUAUGAACCUGCCUCCUGGAAUCCUGAUGAGCUCAUACAAGGGGCACGGGAUCCUAUUUAUAAUCUAAACAGAAUAAUUCGAUUGCAAGCAGUAGUGGAACUUGUAACCAAUGCAACGGCCCAGAGUUUGAGACUUAUUGCACAACAGUUGGAUAAAAGUAGAGCCGCCAUUUUGCAGCUGAAAAUGGGAAUGGAUUAUGUACUUGCCAGGCAGGGAGGCCUAUGUGGAGUCUUGAACUUGACAGGGAAUGCCUGUUGCUUUAACAUUUCUGAUAAUGGUGAGGCAAUCCGUGUGUUGGCCACAAAGAUGGAGAGUAUAGCACAUGUCCCAGUACAAAUAUGGGAAGGAUGGGAUAUGGGAUGGCUCACCAAUUGUUUACCUAAUGUUGCAUGACUCAAAGGGAUACUAUUGUCUUGCUUGUUUUUCUUGACGGUAGUAGUAAUGGUUUUAUGUAUGGUGCCAUGUAUCAUUUCAUGUUUUAGAAGUACAAUUAGCAAGAUGAUUUCAAAUUUAACUCUACCUCAUAUCAUGGCCCUAUACAGAGCUUUACCUCAGGAAUAUGAUGAAGGUCAAGCUAUCAAGGACACUUGGGAUGAAGGUCCUUGAGCUUGAAAGGGGGGAAUGAGGCAUC